AGCAAAAUCCCCCUGUGCCCAUCCCCACCCCCACGAAAGGGGGCGGGGAGACUAUGGCACAGCACCCCAGCAACCUCUCCCCCCACCCCUGAGCUGGGGAGAGACGGACCCACUCGGGGCAGGUUCACUCAGUCCCUGCCUCUCGGGGCCCGGGCCUGCUCCCAUGCAAGCUGAUGGCAAAGCGCUGGGAUUGGCUCCCAGGGGCCAGGAUCGGGCCCCGGGGCAAACGCGGUCACAACCAGCCGCCCGGGCGGCUCCUUCCCCGGGCAGCCCGAGUCCGGCCGGCGCCAAUUUCCGGUGGGACUUCGUGCCUCGGCGUUUCCCUUCCCCCCCCCCCCCCCGGCCUGUCGCUUCCCCGAGCCCCGUCCGCGUCUCCGGCCCGGCCUUCCUCAUGCAGUCCCGGCUUCUGUGCUUCAGCGGCGGCCCCGCAGCGCGGAGAGUCCGGCUCCUUCUGCAGCAGCUGGUGCGGGGCCGCCUGGCUGGGGAGAGGCAGCUGCAGCCGGAGGUCAGGGCGCUGCACGGCCCGGGAGCCGCCGCAGGUGAUACUGUUACUAUUGGAGAUGUAUCAUUUAAACUCAAAAUGCCGAAGAGUCCUGAACUUGUGCCACUGAACUACAUGUCAGACAAUUUGGCCCAAUCUGUAGUCCAACAUCUAAGAUGGAUAAUGCAAAAAGAUCUUUUGGGGCAAGACGUCUUUCUUAUAGGCCCCCCUGGACCCCUUCGACGCUCUAUUGCCAUGCAGUACCUGGAGCUGACCAAACGAGAGGUUGAGUAUAUUGCACUGUCAAGGGACACCACAGAAACAGAUCUGAAACAACGCAGAGAGAUCCGAGCUGGGACUGCUUUUUAUAUUGAUCAGUGUGCAGUCCGUGCAGCUACAGAAGGCAGAAUCCUUGUGUUGGAGGGUUUGGAGAAGGCAGAGCGGAAUGUCUUGCCUGUGUUAAACAAUUUGUUGGAAAACAGAGAAAUGCAGCUUGAAGAUGGGCGCUUUCUUAUGUCUGCAGAACGUUAUGACAAGCUGCUACAGGAACAUACUAAAACUGAGUUAGAUGCAUGGAAGAUUGUUCGAGUAAGUGAAGAUUUUCGUGUGAUAGCUCUGGGCCUGCCGGUACCUAGAUAUUCUGGUAACCCAUUGGACCCUCCUCUUCGUUCUAGAUUUCAAGCAAGAGAUGUUUAUCAUCUACCCUUUAAGGACCAUCUUAAGCUAUUAUACUCGGUUGGAUCAAAUGUUUCUGCACAGAGAAUCUCUCAGCUCUUGUCUUUUGCUACAACUCUCUGCUCCCAGGAAUCUUCUACUCUAGGACUUCCAGAUUUUCCUUUAGACAGUUUAUCAGCUGCAGUUCAGAUUCUGGAUUCCUUCCCUAUGAUGUCAGUCCAGCAUAUAAUCAAAUGGCUAUACCCUUAUAAUGUCCUACUAGGAAAGGAAAGCAGGACUGCAGUAGAAGAUGCAUUAAAACGUUUUGAGCUCCAAGAUUCAGAAAGCCCUUUGCUUCCCAGUAGGAUUAAAAAAAUUGAAAGAAUACAUGGAAGCAAGACCUUACAGGCCGAUGUAAUUCUCCAGAUUGCUGAAAAGGAAGUGAAAUUCCAGGUCCCAGCUGGGAGUCGACCAUUAAAACUGUGUUCUGGAUCAGACACUUUCAUAAAGACUUCCAGCCAUAAGCAGCUGUUGGCAGAAAUGAUGCAGUCACAUAUGGUUAAGGAUAUGUGUUUGAUAGGCGGAAAAGGCUGUGGCAAAACAGUUAUUGCUAAGGAGUUUGCCAAUAUGUUAGGAUACAACAUAGAGCCUGUCAUGCUGUAUCAGGAUAUGACAGCUCGAGAUUUGGUGCAGCAAAGGUAUACUCUUCCAAAUGGAGACACUGCUUGGAGACCAUCUCCACUUGUUACUGCUGCCUUGGAUGGGAAGCUUGUUAUUCUUGAUGGUAUUCAUCGCGUCAACUCUGGCACCCUAGCUGUACUACAAAGGCUAAUCCAUGACAGAGAACUGACUCUUUAUGAUGGCACCAGAUUACUAAGAGAAGAUAGGUAUCAAAGUUUAAAAGACGAACUGCAGCUCUCCGAUAAGGAACUACAACAGAGGUCCAUCUUUCCUAUCCAUUCCUCGUUCAGAAUAGUUGCCCUGGCCGAGCCUCCUGUCAUAGGAAGUAGCACAAAGCAAUGGUUAGGCCCAGAGUUUCUAACUCUGUUUCUGUUCCAUAAUGUUAAAUCCUUCACCAGGAAUGAAGAAAUUCAAGUUAUUAAAGAAAUGAUUCCAAAUGUGCCCAUUGUUGCGGUGGAAGAGUUGUUAUCGUUAACACACAAGCUUCGGGAGACAAAUGACCCCACAGCACAGUCACUGGCAUCAUCUUUGUCCACACGACAGCUAUUACGAAUUUGUCGUCGGCUAUCGCAGUAUCCAGAUGAAAGUCUCUACCAUGCUGUCAAUAAAGCCUGUCUUUCCAGGUUUUUGCCGAAUCUCGCAAGAUCAGCUUUACAUAAAAAUCUGCUGGAUUCAGGGAUUGAGAUAAACCCAGAUGAUAUUAGGAAACAAGAGGAAAAGGAUUAUAGUUGUGAAAUACAUAAUGGGUUUCUGAGGAUUGGAUCUGCCACCAUGCCUGUUUAUAACCCCAAUGAGAAAAUGAAAGUGCCUGAUGUUCUCUUUUAUGAGAACACCCAGCAUAUGAUGGUGAUGGAGGAUAUGCUAAAAGACUUUUUGCUGGGAGAACACCUUCUUCUAGUUGGCAACCAGGGCGUGGGAAAAAACAAGAUUGUUGACCGAUUCCUUCACCUGUUAAAUAGACCCAGAGAAUAUUUACAGCUGCAUAGGGAUACCACUGUACAGAGCCUUACUCUGCAGCCUUCCGUUACAGAUGGCUAUAUUACAUAUGAAGACUCACCACUGGUGAAAUCAGUCAAGUUGGGGCAUAUUCUGGUUAUCGAUGAAGCAGACAAAGCACCUACAAAUGUUACCUGUAUUUUAAAAACACUUGUGGAAAGUGGAGAAAUGGUUCUGUCAGAUGGAAGGCGCCUUGUUGCCAAUCCUGCUAAUGUAGAUGGGAGAGAAAAUGUAAUAGUAAUUCAUCCUGAUUUUAGAAUGAUAGUUCUAGCAAAUAGACCCGGAUUUCCUUUUUUGGGUAAUGAUUUUUUUGGCACACUAGGGAAUAUUUUUAGCUGCCAUGCAAUUGAUAAUCCCAAACCACAGUCGGAACUGGCUAUGCUUAGACGGUAUGGACCGGAUGUUCCUGAGUCAAUCCUUCAGAAACUAGUGGCUGCUUUUGGAGAACUGAGGAGCUUGGCUGACCAAGGAAUUAUUAACUAUCCUUAUUCAACAAGAGAAGUUGUAAAUAUAGUAAAACAUUUACAGAAAUUUCCAACUGAAGGACUUGCAAAUGUGGUUCGAAAUGUGUUUGACUUUGACUCCUACAACAAUGAAAUGCGUGAUACUUUAAUCAGCACUUUGCACAAACAUGGGAUACCUAUUGGAGCAAAACCCACCAGUAUACAGCUGGCCAAGGAGCUACCAUUGCCAGACCAUACAUUUAUGGGCUACUGGAGAAUCAAUCAAUCAGGGAAUGCACAGCAGAAACUACUGUGUCCAACAGAAACCCAUCAGUUAAAUAUAAAGGGUCCAGUAUAUUUAAAUGUUCAGGGAUUUCCACUAGAACGGCAUGAAGCAAGGUCCCUCAGUUUCACAGAAGAACUUGCUUUUUGGACACUGCCAUUGAAUGAGGUUAACUUAGUCUGUGAUGUUGCUGUAGCAGAAGAUGAGACUGAAAAUAUUCUCUAUGUGGCUACAUGCAAUCCAGUUUCCUUAUAUUUCAUGAAUGUAUCUAGUAAAAAUGGAUACUUUGUGGAUUGUUAUGACAUCUUCCCAAGAACGGUUGGAAGCAUAUGGCAACCCUUUGUGACUGUGGCACCUCUGGGAAAUCCACUCAAAGGGCAAGUGAUUCUACAUGAAGAGCAGAGUAAUGUUGUCUUGUUGCUGGAUACGAAAACUGGUGCCAUGCAUAGACUUUUACUCUCACCAGAUACCCAAGAAGUUCCAAAGAGAGCAGCCUGGUGGGGCAACAAGGAGGAGCCGAUCAGUCACAAAAUGUGCAGAGAGUUUUCACAUAAAAACUGGCUGGUGUUCUACAAAGAAGAAGGAAACCACCUUAUUGUGCUAGAUGUACUGGAGGGUCAAACUCAUACUAUCUCACUACCUAUCAAUCUCAAAUCCAUUUUCCUAGUGGCUGAAGACCGUUGGCUCUUGGUGGAAAGCAAAACGAAUCAGAAAUUUCUUUUAACCAAGCCAGCGCAUACGGUAUCUGAAGAGAGUGGAGUUUGCCAGCUGCAUACAUUGAAUGAAGACCCAGUUGACAAGGGUUUUGGUUUAACAACAGGGAGAAGAGUCAACAAUUAUGUGAACAAGGAUGAUCCAGUGGGAUUUAGUGUACUUGGAUGUUCAAAAAGUCUUUCACAAGGUCCUUCACCAAAGGAUGUUAAACAAACAUCUGAUUUGUGUGUGCCGCACACAGUUUCAAGUGACCAACUAUCUUCAGAGAACCUAAGCGUAGCUGUGGGACAAAAGAUCAGCUCUCCCAACAGGAUUCUCUUGGAUGUGCAUAAUUAUGCCACUAUUGUUGUUGGCUUCCCAGAACUUAUGUCUCCCAAUGAGGUGUACAGCUGGAAGAGAGACUCAUCGCUGGGCAGCAGACAUGCUUCUCCUUCUGAUCCAUUUUACUAUGGGAGGCGCAGUAAAACUGGAGUUGCAAAACAAAUCAAUUGUGUGACUUUAUUAGCUACUAAUCAGAUAGUCAGAAUUUUAGCACCUGGAGAUGUCCCUUUGAAAGAACUUUAUCCAAAAGAUAUCACUCCUCCACAAACAGCUGGAUAUCUGGAAGUAACAGACCUUAACUCAAAGAAACUUAAAUACAUCCCUAUUCCCAGAUCAGUGUCUCUCUCACCAUAUACAUCAUGGCUGUCAAAGAUCUCGGACACAGAUGUUCUGUUGGCGCCACUGGGCAAAGUAGGUUUGGUUACAGUGGAUAUGGGAGGCAGUGUCAGGCUUUGGGAGACGGGACUUGACAGCCUACAGCGCUCUCUGCAGGACUGGAGAAACAUGAUUGGACAAGAGGAUGGUAGACCUGUGCAGAUAACCAUUGAGAGAGACAGUGGUUUGGAUGUGAGUUCCCCUAAGCAUGGAAAGAUAGAUCUAGACAACAUGCCCCAUGUUGGCGGAAACACCUGGGCUGGUGGAACAGGUGGGAGAGACACAGCAGGGCUGGGCGGCAAAGGUGGGCCCUAUAGACUGGAUGCUGGCCACAAAGUUUACCAGAUAUCUCAGGCUGAGAAAGAUGCUGUUCCUGAGGAGGUGAAGAGAGCUGCAAGGGAGAUGGGUGAAAAGGCCUUUAAACAGAGAUUAAAGGAGAUCCAGAUGAGUGAAUAUGAUGCAUCUACUUAUGAAAAGUUCUCUGGAGCUGUCCGAAGACAAGUUCAGUCUCUCCGAAUCAUCCUAGACAAUCUGCAGGCCAAAGGUAAGGAAAGACAAUGGUUGAGACACCAAGCUAUUGGAGAGCUAGAUGAUGCCAAAAUAAUUGAUGGACUAACAGGAGAAAAAGCCAUUUAUAAACGACGGGGAGAGCUUGAGCCAGAACUUGGGAGCCCUCAGCAGAAGCCUAAGCGUCUGCGCCUGGUAGUGGAUGUUUCUGGCAGCAUGUAUCGCUUUAACGGGGUAGAUGGUCGACUAGAGCGUUCCAUGGAGGCUGUCUGCAUGGUCAUGGAAGCUUUUGAGAAUUACGAGCACAAGUUUAAGUACGAUAUCGUUGGACAUUCAGGAGAUGGCUUCAACCUUGCAUUGGUUGGGUGUGACAAAGUUCCCAAGAAUAAUAAACAAAGAUUACAGAUUAUUAAGAUAAUGCACGCCCAUGCUCAAUUCUGUAUGAGCGGAGACCAUACUCUGGAAGGGACGGAGCAUGCUGUUCGUGAAAUUGCUAAAGAAGAGGCUGAUGAAUAUUUUGUCAUAGUUUUAAGCGAUGCAAAUCUUGAACGAUAUGGUAUCCCACCAGCAAGAUUUGCCCAAACAUUGACCAUCAACCCUCAAGUUAAUGCUUUUGCCAUAUUCAUAGGAUCCUUAGGAGACCAGGCAGACAGGCUGCAGAAGAUGCUACCAGCAGGCCGGUCUUUUAUUGCCCUGGAUACCAAGCAGAUCCCCCAAAUCUUGCAGCAGAUCUUUACAUCCACCAUGUUGUCCAGUGCCUAAGAAGUUCCUGUUACUAUUAAAUAAUUACACAAUGUAACAAACACAAUUCAGAAACAAGCUGCCUGGUGAAAGACAAAAUCAGCUCCUGUUGAAGAUAAGAACUAUAAAACUGAUCAAUAUAAUUUUCAUAUUGAAAUAUUACAGUCCCUUAAUCAAAAUACCAAAAAUAACACUGUGUAGCUUAGAUUUUUGGUGAAAUCGUACAGCAUAGCCAUCAAGUGACUUAAAGUUCUGCAUUCAGAGGGGUAAGAGAGUUCAAGGGGGUUGAUGUAGUGCACAAAAUAUCUGUGACAAAUGAACAGAGGGACAGAUAACAGAUCGUUUGUGACCAUUCUGGCUGAUAUAUUGCCAGCAGCUCUUUGGGACAGCAUCAUUUUACUCAAUUUUAUUAUCAGUGUUUCAUGGGGUUGAAUACCAAGUUAUACAGCAAUGUGCAAGUCGGACACAGCUAAUCUGCUCCACUGUUGUGUGUGCUGUGUUCAGAAUUAGAAAUGCAAGUAACUGCACAUUCGAACAAGACUGCUUAUCCUGAUCUGCAUCUGACCUUUGCUAUUGGAUGUCAGGAACAAUAGAAUGGUGUGGAAGCUCGGAACAUUGCAGUAUAAACAUACAUUAUUGGAUCUGGCGCACAGCUCAGAGUAGCAAAAAUCCCUAGAAAAAAGUUAAAUUAUUUUUUCCCGGAAAGACAGAGUUAAAGGGGUCUAAGACUCAUCUAUGAACAUUUCAAAAGGGUGCACCACCAUGACUUUGUCACUGCAUGGUAGCAGAUGAUGACGUCUAGUUUCUCUGUUGCCAGGACUCCUAGGAAAGGGCCUCUUCCCCCAGAGGCUGGAUGUGCUCAUGGUUUUAUUACAUUUUGCUUCCACUUCAAGAGCUCUUUGCAUGUUCUGUUUUGGUUUCUAAAAUGUGGAGCUGGAGGGCAGAUCUGUGCGUCAGAAAAACACUUUUAAUAAAGAAGAAAAUAAGUAAAAAGGAAAAAUAGAUCAAGAGAGUAAAAGUAUGUGGUUUUCAUUUUGGUAGGAAAUCUGUGUUUGGGGGUCUUCUUUUAAUGCAGAACAUUCUCACUCUGCAUCUUUUCUAUUGUAAAUAUGUUCCUCCCAUUUCCACAUUCUCAAACAGGAACUCUUGCUUUAGAAUUAAAUUGGUUGAAGUUUGUACAGCACUUUGAAGAUGAAAAUCCCUAUAUAUGGGCUAACUAAUAGUACUUUUCCAAUCACUGUGCUUCAGGAACACUGGAAUACUUAAUAAAUUGAAUUCACUACCCUACCGCAAGUAACUGUUAACUCUCAUCACCACCAAUAAAAAGACACUUGCCCCAUGGUUGAUUAUUAUAAAGAGAUGAAAGAUGCAAGAAAGAGCACUGUCUCCAAUCAUGCUUAGAAGUUGUGGUACUUCACUGCAAAAAUGAGUUUCCUAAUUCCUACAAGAUUUCUAGCUACAUUAAAGAUGCUGUUUGGGAGGGAUGAGGGGUGAUGAGAGAGAAUCUGUUUGUUCCUUCAUUUCUACAAAACCAUCACAGUUUUUAAAUGUACCAUAAUGCAUUUUUGCUAGUCUUGCCAUUUUCCACCAUGUCAGCCCCACAGCAGCAUUAUGGACCCAAUCCUGUAAGAUGAUGAGAACCCUCAACUUCCAUUCAAGUACAAAGGCAGUCAAGGGUGCUCAGCAACUCAAAGACUGAGGCAUUCUGGGAGCUAGGUGUCUAAGUGCCAGGUGUGGCUCUACUGCAAUGCACAAACCUCCUGCCUAACUCGGUAAGUGCCUAAACUCGCUCAGCACCUAACAUUUCAGGGGAAAAGUUCCCUAGGCCCCUCUGUUUCUAUCUCUGGGCAUGCGGUCAAACACUGAUUUCCUGCCCAAGUCCCAAAGCAAGUCACAAACCAGGGAAGACUGGUAUUCAGCCGUCUAAAUCACAUGUGGGGUCCGCUACUGUAAGAGUGCUCAAAUGUCCCACUCAAAACCCAGCCGGAGGAGGCAGUGGGCAUGGUUCCCACUUUAUAACUUUUAGCCCAUUGGUUAGAGCACUCACCUGGGAUGUGGAAAAGCCAAAUUAAAUUGCCCCCCUGCCAGAUACCUAAUACCAUAGCAGUAAGUCUUUCCCCAGUAUUGUGAAGUAGUUGUUCAAACUAAACUCCACAAAUAAACCUAAUUCAAAAAGAGUUUAAAAACUGGCCAGGCACUCAAAGCAACACCCAGCUGGACUGUCUUAUGCUUCUUGGGGAGAAGAGAUCACUGGGACACUACUCUGUGACUGGAUUAAAAAACAAAUCACACAGUUGCUGCCUGCACAUGUCAAAAUAUGAUUAUAUAAGCUUCUCAGACCUAUAAAUACAUUCAUUGUAUUUAUAACAGCCCCCUAAGUAUAAUAGUGCUAAAUGGAAUUAUUACUCCUUAGCAGUCAACUUUUUGCAAUUUCUCAAAAUAAACUCUACUUUUAUCCUUAAAGAUUCUUACAGUUAGGAAAAUACUUUUCCCUUUUAAAUUAACUAAAGAUUUUUAUCAUACUUACUUUACUGUAGACCAGUGCUACUCAAAGUGGUGGUCCGCGGACCGGUGCUGGUCCGCAAGCCAUCAGCUGCUGGUCUGCGCACACAUUGGGGAAAAAGAUUGCCAGUCCCCCACAUCAGCUAGCUUGAGAAGCACUGCUGUAGACCACUUGAUUGUACAGAUCCAUCCCUGGUGUAACUCUGUUUACUUCAGUGACCUCAUUAACUUUGCAAUAGAGAUUAAUGGACUCCAAUUUCUUUUGGGGACACAGUAGAGUAGUUUAGAUUAAAUUUUGAACUUACAUUUUAAAAAGGAGACUGACAAGGAUAAAUAUGUUUCCAAAAAGUAUAGCGCACAUCACCUCAGAUUAUUAAAAAUGUUCAAAAUCUAGUGUACUAGUUAUUUAUGCUGUUUAAUUAUGUGCAGUUCUUUCACAGUUCUGGCACAAUGAAAAUAUUUGUUUUAUUUUGUUUCCAUCCAGUGUCUAUUCAAUUUUAUUUUCAGAUUCCAUGUACUAACAACAUGCUGCAUCAGUUUCAACUCAAACACUUCAAGAGAAUUUUUUAAAAAGCAUCUUCUGGUGGAAUUUAAGACAGCCCCCCUCCCGCCUCACCGCCUCCCACCUCAAACCAUUAAAUGAUUUCAGUUGGUUCUGGAAGGGUCUUUACUUAUGUGUCUCACUUCUGGGACAUAGUUGACCUGACAGUGUCCCUUUACAUUGUUAUAAUAUGAGAAAUUCCAUCUGGACUCUCUAUAUCUCACCUGCUUUAAUAUCCAUCACUCUGGCAUUGAGAAAUCAAAAUAGCAGCUGUUCUUUCCCUUCCUCUAGAAUCUACAAAAAAAAAAAUUCUGCUGCUCAGCCAGUUAAUAGAAGAAUUUAGCAAACUCACACUGGUCUUCUGUGUCCUUAAGUCAUGACAGAGCUUUCAAAUAUGCAUUUAAUUAAAACAAUUUUGAGAAACAUCUUGAUUAGCUGUUCACUUCAGCACUGCCUGUUUAGCAUUCCAGAGUCCACCAAAAUACAUGUACCAAUGAUCCCCUUAAAUUGCCAUUUGAUUUAAUAGGACUUACUGUAUCUUAAAAGGACAUCUGACUUCUCCUUUUCUCACUGUUAAUUAUACCAUCUUAGGAGUUUGAAAUCUAUUAUUUACUGAACUGCCAUUGCUUCGUUGCAUGGAUAUUGUUUGUUAUUGUAGGGUUCUGAUUUACUGCAACUGAUGUGUUAUUAGCAUCCUUGCUUAAGUAAUCUUAACUACCUCUAAUAAUGCAAUUUUUAAUUGGUUUUCAUUAAAAUCAUUAAAUGAUUGUGUGUAUAAAGUGUAA